AUGGGGACUUAUUAUUCCUUCACUCUUUCUUCUUCCAGACCAUUUCUACUUUCUCCGAAGCAACCAUUUAGCAAGUUCAUCUGCAGAUCCUCUGCCACUUGCAAUUUGUCAACGUCUUUUGAUCAAUCAUCAAAUAACUAUGGACUUACACUGUCUCCAGCUUCAACUUCGUAUUAUAGCAGAAAAAAUGUGCAAAAUUUGGCCGGAAAGAGAUUAUUGGACUUCAAAGUCAGGUCUGCAGCAUAUCCGGAAAGUAAAAAUGAGGCGACUAUUACCGGUGAAAAGAUCAGGGCUUUGCAGCUUGGAACCAUGUUUGCUAUUUGGUAUCUAUUGAACAUAUAUUUCAACAUCUUCAAUAAACAGGUUCUUAAGAUUUAUCCAUUUCCUACUACCUUGACAGCAUUUCAGUUUGGUUGUGGGACAGUUUUGAUACUUCUUAUGUGGGCACUGAAUUUGCAUCCAAAACCCAAAGUUAGUAGGUCUCAGUUUAGGGCAAUCUUUCUACUCGCACUCGGACACACAGUAGGAAACCUUCUAACAAAUAUCAGUCUGGGAAAAGUUGCUGUUUCUUUCACACACACGAUUAAGGCAAUGGAGCCUUUCUUCACCGUCUUGCUUUCUUCUCUGUUUUUCGGAGAGAGGCCAUCUUUCUGGGUUCUUUCUUCUCUUGUGCCUGUUGUUGGAGGCGUUGCAUUGGCAUCUUUCAGUGAAGCCUCUUUCAACUGGAUAGGUUUUGGUAGCGCAAUGGCUUCAAAUCUUACCAACCAAACACGAAAUGUUUUCAGUAAAAAGCUGAUGGUUAAAAACGAGGAAAAUAUGGACAACAUCAAUCUAUUCUCCAUUAUAACAAUCAUAUCGUUUUUACUUUUAACACCUGCCGCAAUUUUGCUGGAAGGUGUCAAGUUUAGUCCUUCAUACUGGCAGUAUGCUACAAGCCAAGGUUUGAAUGUCAAAGAUAUGUGUAUUAGAGCUCUUUUGUCCGGUGUCUGCUUCCAUUCCUACCAACAGGUUUCUUAUAUGAUAUUACAAAUGGUAUCGCCGGUGACACAUGCUGUUGGUAACAGUGUGAAGAGAGUGGUUGUCAUUGUGUCCUCGGUUAUUUUCUUCCAAACGCCUGUCUCACCCAUUAAUUCCUUGGGAACUGCUUUGGCUCUUGCUGGAGUUUUCUUGUACUCGAGAGCAAAGAGGAUUAAACCUAAAGCUGGUUGA